UUUUUUUUUUGAGAAAAGUGAUAAUUUUAUCCGAACAUGCUCAAAAAAUAUGUGAAAAAUGUGCACAGCUAUACAUGUUUGUGCAAUUUUUCCUUUUUCUUUCUGUUUUUUUUUUGAAACUUUGACAUCAUGGGAAUACCAAGCAACACACUGACUGAGCAACAUAAACAAAUACUUGAAGAAUUCAAGGCAAUCAUUUACCCUUUAAUUACUGAUCUAGACAUGAUUGAUGACAAUAUGCUUGUCCAAUAUUUGCAAGCCAAUGUUUGGAAUAAAGAAGACGCCAAAAAGCAGUUGAUAGGAACAAUCGAAUGGCGUAAAAAGAACGCGAUAGACAAGAUACCCACUGCUACGAAACAAAAUAAAUUGCCUCUUCUUAUUGCUUGUAGAGGCUAUAAAUACAUUCAAGAUAAUAAUGUCAGUGUUCAACCUGGGCUAUCAGAUAGUGCAAUUCGUAUUGCCAAUUGCGUAGGCGGAGAAUGUUUUCACAAGUUUGACAAGGAGGGGCAUCCUAUUUUGAUUGACCGUACUGGCUAUCAUAACACAAAGGAAAUGGGAAACAAUAUCACAACUUUGGAAAUGACAAAUUUUCAGAUUUCAGCUAAUGAAUUUUUAAACCGAGUGAUUAUGCCUGAAGGGUCUGAACGUGCAGGAAAGCCUAUUCAUAGUGAGACUAUUAUUUUUGACUGUACCAAUAUGAGCUUAUGGCAAUUUCAUAUGAGUGCAUUUACACAUUUGAAAGCAAUUGCAGAAAUUGUUCAGAAUUAUUAUCCAGAGACAUUACAUCGGCUGUUUAUUGUGAAUGCACCUUCAGCUUUUGUAGUCAUGUUUAAAGUGAUCAAGCCAUGGCUUAAUGCAAGGACUUUAGAAAAGAUCCACGUUCUUGGUAACAAUUAUCAGUCCAUACUAUUGAAAUACAUUGAACCAGAAAACUUGCCUGACUUCUUAGGAGGCACCUGUCAAUGCCAACAUAUGCCAGGUGGUUGUGUGCCUAUGAUCUCAAAAGACAAGUUGGUACCAACAGAACAAAAUGAACAUGUUCCAACUGUAUAUAACUCGACAAUCAUGAAAGCUGCUUUUUCUGAUCCAUCGCUUUGCUCUAUUUGACCAAAAUCGAAAUAGAUACCUUUUUUGUUCUUGUUUUAGAGGAGAGUGAUAGCUUUGCAAUAGAAAUAGGGUGAGUUCCAUUCUAUUUUCUCUUGAAACUGCAACUCAAUGUGUGGAAUAUGAUACUUUAUAACUUGAUAUUUAGUCAAUAUUGACUAUUGUAGUCACUUCUAAUAAACAAUUAGUCUAUAGUAGCGAUA